GUGCAGACCUGCCUCCCUUCGUGAGGCUCCACCUCAGAGCUUAACCCGAGACUCGCCUCUGGGACACUGCUCGCAGGAGAACCGCGCAUUUGGACCAGAUUUCGUUUCUGCGCUGGCCUUGGGCGAAGACCAGGGACCAUAGGCUGUGCUGCGAAACCUCAAGAUGGCACGUACUGGGUUCUUCUUCAGGGAAAACAACAUGGUUAUUUCUUCGAACUCAUGCCUGGGCUUUAUCUGUUUAUUGCUAUGCCACUGGAUUGGGACUGCCUUCCCUCUGAAUCUGGAAGACCCUAAUGUGUGCAGCCACUGGGAAAGCUACUCAGUGACUGUGCAGGAGUCAUAUCCACAUCCCUUCGACCAAAUUUACUACACCAGCUGCACCGACAUUCUCAACUGGUUUAAAUGCACACGGCACAGAGUCAGUUAUCGAACAGCUUAUCGACACGGGGAAAAAACGAUGUAUCGACGCAAAUCCCAGUGCUGUCCCGGAUUUUAUGAAAGCAGGGAGAUGUGUGUCCCCCACUGCACUGAUAAAUGUGUCCAUGGUCGCUGUAUUGCUCCAAACACCUGUCAGUGUGAGCCUGGCUGGGGGGGAACCAACUGCUCCAGUGCCUGUGAUGGGGAUCACUGGGGACCACACUGCAGCAGCCGAUGCCAGUGCAAAAACAGGGCUCUGUGCAACCCCAUCACUGGGGCUUGCCACUGCGUGGCAGGCUUUCGGGGCUGGCGCUGCGAGGACCGCUGUGAGCAGGGCACCUACGGUAAUGACUGUCACCAGAGAUGCCAGUGCCAGAAUGGAGCCACCUGCGACCACAUCACAGGAGAAUGCCGCUGCCCACCAGGCUACACCGGAGCCUUCUGCGAGGAUCUUUGUCCUCCUGGCAAGCAUGGUCCACAGUGUGAGCAGCGAUGCCCUUGCCAAAAUGGAGGAGUGUGUCAUCAUGUCACCGGCGAAUGCUCUUGCCCUUCCGGCUGGAUGGGCACAGUGUGUGGUCAGCCUUGCCCUGAGGGUCGCUUUGGAAAGAACUGUUCCCAAGAAUGCCAGUGCCAUAAUGGAGGGACGUGUGAAGCUGCCACAGGCCAAUGUCACUGCAGUCCAGGACACACAGGGGGACGAUGCCAGGACCAGUGCCCAGUUGGGACAUAUGGGGUUCGCUGCACCGAGACCUGCCAGUGCAUCAAUGGUGGAAAGUGUUACCACGUGAGUGGGGCAUGCCUCUGUGAAGCAGGCUUUGCCGGCGAGCGCUGCGAGGCACGCCUGUGUGCAGAGGGGCUCUAUGGCAUCAAGUGUGACAAGCAGUGCCCUUGCCACCCAGACUUCACUCAUAGCUGUCACCCCAUGUCUGGAGAGUGCGCCUGCAAGCCAGGCUGGUCUGGACUCUACUGUAAUGAGACAUGCUCUCCUGGAUUCUAUGGGGACUCUUGCCAACAGAUCUGCAGCUGCCAGAAUGGAGCUGACUGUGACAGUGUGACCGGGAAGUGCACCUGUGCCCCCGGAUUCAAAGGGAGUGACUGCUCCACGCCAUGCCCUCUGGGAACCUAUGGGAUCAAUUGCUCCUCCCGCUGUGGUUGUAACAACGAUGCUGUCUGUUCCCCUGUGGAUGGUUCUUGCACUUGCAAGGCAGGCUGGCAUGGCGUAGACUGCUCCAUCCGCUGCCCCAGUGGCACCUGGGGUUUGGGCUGUAACCUAACAUGCCAGUGCCUCAACGGGGGAGCCUGCAACACCCUGGACGGGACCUGCACCUGUGCACCUGGAUGGCGUGGGGAGAAAUGUGAACUUAUCUGCCAGGAUGGCACAUAUGGGCUGAAUUGUGCUGAGCGCUGUGACUGCAGCCACGCGGACGGCUGCCAUCCCACCACGGGCCACUGUCGCUGCCUUCCUGGAUGGUCAGGUGUCCACUGUGACAGUGUGUGUGCUGAGGGUCGAUGGGGCCCCAACUGUUCUCUGCCUUGCUACUGUAAAAAUGGGGCCUCCUGUUCCCCUGACGACGGUAUUUGUGAGUGUGCACCCGGAUUCAGAGGCACCACUUGUCAGAGAAUUUGUUCCCCUGGUUUUUACGGGCACCGCUGCAGCCAGACGUGCCCACAGUGUGUGCACAGCAGUGGGCCCUGCCACCACAUCACAGGCCUGUGCGACUGCUUGCCUGGCUUCACAGGGGCUCUCUGCAAUGAAGUGUGUCCCAGUGGCAGAUUUGGGAAAAACUGUGCAGGUAUUUGUACCUGUACCAACAAUGGAACCUGUAACCCCAUCGACAGAUCUUGCCAAUGUUACCCAGGUUGGAUUGGCAGUGACUGCUCCCAACCAUGUCCACCUGCUCACUGGGGUCCGAACUGCAUCCAUACGUGCAACUGCCACAAUGGGGCCUUCUGUAGUGCCUACGAUGGGGAAUGCAAAUGCACUCCUGGCUGGACGGGGCUCUACUGCACUCAGAGAUGCCCUCUGGGAUUUUACGGAAAGGACUGUGCAUUGAUAUGCCAGUGUCAGAACGGAGCUGACUGCGAACACAUCUCUGGGCAGUGCACCUGCCGCACUGGGUUCAUGGGGAAGCACUGUGAGCAGAAAUGCCCUGCAGGCACAUAUGGCUAUGGCUGUCGCCAGAUCUGUGACUGCCUGAACAACUCCACCUGCGACCACAUCACCGGGACCUGCUACUGCAGCCCAGGAUGGAAGGGGGCACGAUGUGAUCAAGUUGGUGUUGUAAUAGUGGGAAAUCUGAACAGCCUAAGCCGAACCAGUACGGCUCUCCCUGCCGAUUCCUACCAGAUCGGGGCCAUUGCGGGCAUCCUCGUUCUCGUGCUGGUCGUUCUCUUCCUCCUGGCAUUGUUCAUGAUUUAUAGACACAAGCAGAAGGGCAAGGAAGCCCACAUGCCAGCAGUAACCUACACCCCUGCAAUGAGGGUCAUCAAUGCGGAUUACACCAUUUCAGAAACUCUUCCUCACAGCAGUGGUGGAAAUGCUAACAGCCAUUAUUUCACCAACCCCAGCUACCACACUCUUACCCAGUGCGCCACGUCCCCUCACGUCAACAACAGGGACAGAAUGACCAUCGUCAAGUCCAAGAAUAACCAGCUAUUUGUAAAUCUUAAAAAUGUGAAUCCUGGGAAAAGAGGCCCUGUGGUGGACUGCACGGGGACACUUCCUGCUGACUGGAAACAUGGGGGCUACCUUAAUGAGCUCGGUGCUUUUGGACUUGACAGAAGUUACAUGGGAAAAUCCUUAAAAGACCUGGUAAAGAAUUCUGAAUAUAAUUCAAGUACCUGCUCCCUAAGCAGUUCUGAAAACCCAUAUGCCACUAUUAAGGACCCGCCUAUACUGAUCCCCAAAGCCUCCGAGUGUGGCUAUGUGGAGAUGAAGUCCCCGGCACGGAGGGACUCCCCAUAUGCAGAGAUCAAUAACUCAACUUCAGCCAACAAGAACGUCUAUGAAGUUGAACCUACAGUGAGUGUUGUCCAAGGGAUAUUCAGCAAUAGUGGGCAUCCCACCCAGGAUCCUUAUGACCUCCCAAAGAACAGUCACAUUCCUUGCCAUUAUGACCUACUGCCUGUCCGGGACAGUUCGUCCACCCCCACACGAGAGGGUGAUGGCAGUGGCAGCGGCGGCAGCGGCAGCAGCAGCAGCGAAUGACACCAAAGGACUGAGUAGUCUCUGGACCCUUUCCCAGAACUGCACCUCAGUUCUUCUCCAUACUCCAGUUUGCCACCACACAUGGAUGUUACGGAUGUGGUAGGCAGUUGUUGGACAUGAGCCAGAUUGCUCAAAGCUAAGGCUGACACUGACUGUAGGUGCUUUCUGUACAGGUGGCUGGAAGGAGAUAUCAGUGUGAUUUCUCAUAGCUGUUAGUUGUAGAGUUACACCUGUGAAGUAUGACUUAUUGUAAGUCCCUGGCAUGAGCCUGGCACAGUUUGCAGGACUCCUUCGGAGACACGGGUUGCAGUGGACCUUGGCAUUAUUUCUUGAACAUGAUAUUUUAAAUAUUUCCUUCUCAUUUUCAUUGUAGAGCUGCACCUAGGCUUGUGCAGUUUACCAGAACGUGGGCUUCGUCAAAGUGGUGUGAAUCAUGAAACCUAUAGAAGAAGGGGGCAUAUUAUGAGUCUUGACUGUCUUAUUUUCUUCAAUGAGACUCAGAAAUGUAGGGAUGAUAUUAACCAGAAGGACAUGUUCUGUCAAAGGCUCUGGCAUAACUGGGUAGACGUUGAUGAAAUUCUAGAUCUGGGUAGCAAAUUUAUAUAUAAAAACUUUAGUUGUGGUUGUCUUUUAGAAACAAAGAAAAAGGAAUUCUUUUAGAAAUAGGUAGCGGCAGUAUUGCAGGAGUCCGUGCACAGUGCAUCCAGAGGGGGUUUUCUUGGUGUUGGGCCUCACACGUUAGAUCGCUGAUAACUAUCCUGAGCAUCUGGCCAUCAUACACACGCACCACUAGUGAUCCACAGCGCACACUGUAGUUCAGUGGCACUGUUCUGAGCACCCUUACCACAUACACAUUCAUUACUAGAGAUCUAUAACAUAUUGAUGCUUAUUUCAUAAACAUAGAAAUGAAAUAAAUUUAUUUUUGACAGUAUGGAUCGAAUAAGUGUAAACUAAUUGGUAAAAGGUGUACAUGUUAAGUGUAAGAAGAUGCUUACAUUUCGUAAACCAUGAGUAAUACACCCUGUAAUAUAGAAUUAGGAGAAGUUUUAAGUUUUCCCCUGAGGUGACUGAAAUAUUUUUGUGCAUAUUUGAGAAAAGGACACUUUUCUUCUAUUAAUUGUUGAAUUAGAUAAAGUAUGCUUAAGCUGGUCUUUUGCAUUGCUAAUAUGACAUGUACCCUGUUUUACAUUAAUUUGUAUUUCCAUUUUCGAGUUGUAUAUUCUAUGUUUUGUAGUGUUUGGGUUGUUAAUGAAAAACACUCUUAUAUGUUCA